UUCUUGUUCUAAAUGGGUCUGCGAGUCUGCGACUCUAUGCUUAUUUAUUUCUUGGAAAAUUCUAUCAUGUAGUAGUCUCUAUCAAUCAUCUCACCUAUUAUUUAAUGACGCCAAUGUGGGUGAUUCGUGUUUAACCCAGAAGCACCCAGAAGAUGCCCAAACGGUGACACCAAUGUUUAUUAAUGCAGAGACCAGGUUUUAUUUUUUCGAGCAUAGUUUUGAUUUUUAGACCUCAAGUUUUCAACUUUAGCAAUAAAGUUUUGAUUUUUAGACCAAAAGCGGAGAAACCCAGAAGAGUAUCGUAAGAACCCAGAAAAUGGUGGAGAUGAAGCAGGAAGAAGAGAAGGAGGGAAUGACGAUAAUCAAAGGAAAAGAAGCUAUCGGAUUGAGAAUCGUGAACAUGUUUGUGGCGAUGGGUUUGUGGCUUGGAGCUAUUCAUUUCAACGUGGCUUUGAUUCUCUUCACUGUUUGCUUCCUUCCUAUUUCCAAGGCCAUAUUGGUAUUUGGGUUGCUUGUGUUGUUUAUGAUAAUCCCAGUUGAUGAUAAGAGCAAAAUAGGAAGAAAAGUGGCCAGGUACAUAUGUAAGUAUGCCUGUGGUUAUUUUCCAGUGACUUUGUAUGUAGAGGAAAAACACGUCUUUGAUCCUAAUUGCUCUUAUGUCUUUGGGUAUGAACCACAUUCAGUUUUGCCAAUUGGUGUAGUUGCACUGGCUGACAUGACUGGGUUCUUGGGUCUCCCUAAGAUGAAGGUCCUUGCCAGUACCGCUGUGUUCUAUACACCAUUCCUAAGGCAUAUAUGGACGUGGUUGGGUCUUACACCAGCCACAAAGAGUAAUUUUAUCUCCAACUUGGCCGCUGGUUAUAGUUGCGUCAUUGUGCCUGGUGGAGUGCGGGAGACAUUUCUUAUGGAGCAUGGUAAAGAGAAAGUAUUCCUUAGUACAAGAAGAGGAUUUGUUCGCAUAGCCAUGGAGAAUGGUUAUCCCCUGGUUCCAGUUUUCUGCUUUGGUCAGUCAAAUGUUUAUAAGUGGUGGAAGCCAAGUGGGGAGUUAUUCCUGAAGUUUGCUAGAGCUAUCAGAUUCACCCCUGUUGUCUUCUGGGGAAUGUUUGGGUCCCCUUUACCCUACAGACAUCCAAUGCAUGUGGUAGUAGGUAAACCAAUAGCUCUCAAGCAAAAUCCAGAACCCACCAUGGAAGAGGUCAUUGAAGUACAUGGUCAGUAUGUUGAAGCACUAAAGGAUCUUUUUGAAAAGCACAAGGCACGGGCUGGUUUUCCUGAUCUUCAAUUGGAAAUUCUUUGAUCAGAUGAUAUUCUAUGUUCCUCCGUGCAUUGUCAUUUCUUCUUCUGUUCACUUUGUGGACAAUUUAGUGAUAACAAUUUGUAUGUAGUUAAAUGGUGGAAAUGGCAAUCGGAAACUUGCUUUUGAUGUUUACUUAGUGGUCAAGCUGUUUAUACACCAUGCCAGUCCCUUCUUGGCUUGGUGGUUUUGCUUUAUUAGCAUUGCCCAUCAGGACCUAGGAUCGAGUGGCAUAACCAGAAGCUGUUUAUACACAAUGGGCUUUGCUUACAAAAACUUGAUACGUUCAUCUGAAGCUGUAGAAGUGGCAUAGUUUGUAAUCUCUGUAAAUUAAACAUCUAUUCUAAAUAAAAACGAUGAUUUAUAUA